AUGAGCAUGGAUUUUGUGUUUGGCCUACCGAAAGAUUCGGAAGGCAACACUGAUAUUGUGGUCUUUGUUGACCGAUUGAGCAAGAUGGCUCACUUAGCGGCUGUGCCGGAUAGCAUUGAUGCUGAAGGUACAGCAAAGCUGUUUAUCGACCGUGUCUUUCGCCAACAUGGCUUGCCUGUGGCAAUUAUCUCUGAUAGAGACCCCCGCUUCACUGGGAAGUUUUGGAAGUCUAUCUUCAAGGUGCUUGGCACUCGGUUGGACAUGUCCACAGCGGAUCAUCCGCAGACCGACGGUCAAACUGAGCGUGUAAACCGCGUCAUCAAUGACAUUUUUGCGCAGUGUUUGCGCUGA